AUGAAUUUCCUCCUGGAAACCCUUCAGUUGAUUGUAAUGUCCAUCUAUUACAACAUAGAGGCGUUUGUCAGACUGUUCAUCCCACUCAAGAAGAAAGAUGUCACCGGGGAAAUCGUCCUCAUCACGGGGGCGGGCAGCGGCAUUGGCCGGCUCAUGGCAGAAAAGUUUGCCCCCCUGGGCGUCUCUCUGGUUCUGUGGGAUGUCAACCAGGAGGGCAUGAAGGAGACUGCAAGAUUAGUGAAGGAGAAAGGGGCAGCUAGGGUCCACUACUACCUGUGUGACUGCAGUAACAAGGCUGCGGUCUACAGAGUAGCUGACCAGGUAAUCAAUCGAUGACUCAUCUUCCAUAAAGACUUUGAUUACUUAAAUAUGGUGUAUCUGGGGCCGGGGGACCUGUACUGGCCCUCAGUGGUGAAGAUCUUUCACCUGUUAACAAGCUUGCGUUCACCUGUAAAUAUAAGCUGGGCAAUGCCACGAUACAGAAAUUACACUAAGACUCAGAUUAUUCACUUUAAAAUGUAUACCAAACAAAAACCAUUUAUUUCAAACUUUAACAAACCAUACAACUCUAUGCACAGUGACUACUUUCAACAAUUGACACAGUAAAUAAAUAAAUUAUACUGGAAAAUUGUGCAGAUGCAAAAGUUUGGUAACAGAAUUACAGUAAAACCUCAGUUUUAUUCUGUUACCAAACUUUGUAUCUGCACAGUUGUUUCUGUAAAAAUAUGGUUUGUUCAACUUUGAAAUCAAUGGUUUUUGUUUGGUAUACAUUUCUUAAGUGAAAAAUCUGAGUCUCAGUGUAAUUGCGUUACCAUGCCCAACUUUGUCUUAUGCUGCUGGUGACUUAUUCACUGUUACUACAGUCAUAAUGUGUGUUGUAAACUGUCUGUCAAAGCAAACUGUUGUUUGGAAAAUCCGUUGUGCUGGAGGCACGUUGAAUGAAUGAGAAACGAGGGAGUAGCUGCUUAACAAAUGUCCAGUGUUGCUGAGAACGCAAGCAAAGCCACAUGAAAGAUGGUGAUUCCUUGCGAAACUAGAACAAAAAAUACCAUAAUAUUUUGGAUUUUCACAAUGUAAUCCAUAGUAUGGUCCUUUUGGAGGAAGGAUUGUUUACAUUUUUGCCAUUUGUAACCUAAAGCAUAAUAAAUAUAUAAUGUAUUGAAUUUAGAACAUUGACAUUUUGGCCUUACCCAGGACUCCUUCAAGACUCCAUAAUGUUUAAUCUGCAACAAAAAAGGUGUAAUAUGGAGCUUCACCCCUUGCACUGUAAUAUGAGUAGUAUUUAGAUUUCAAUUAAAUAUGACACAAAAAAUAUUAUAUUACAUUAAUUUAUGAAUAUAGAAACAUGAAUAUUUAAAAUAUGCACAAAUGUAUUUUGAUAACUUUUCAAAAAACGUUUUGAAAGUUAUGGCCUAUUUUAUACAGAUGAAUUGGCAUAGUAGGCAAUGUGACCAAUCACAGCCCUCCUGUUACUUGUAUCAUUGCACAUCCUGCAAAUCACUAACAGAGGGUGACCAUUUUGAAUCCAUUUUCACAUUCACUCUGUUGGUAAUGCUUACAGAUUGGAUCAUAACUCUAAAAGUAGCAGAGUUCCCAGUCUGGAACUUUGAUAUGGCCAUAGUGUGGUAUGUUCAAUAAUGUAUAGAACAAUUUGCUAAAUCAAAAAUGGUAUAUUUUCUACAUUCACGUUUAGACUUUUCAAUAUUCAUAAAUUAAUGUAAGAAUUGUUAUUGAAAUCAAAAUACUACUCAUAUUACAGAGCAAGCGGUAAAGCUUCAUAUGACACACAUUUCUGCUUUUUAGCACCUACAGAUGAAACAUUAUCGAGUCUUAAAGGAGGCCUGGGUAAGGCCAAAAUGUCACAUUUGAACUUCAAUUAAUUAUUUAUCAGUUAUGUUUUCAGAUACAAAUGUCAAAUAUACAGGUAACUGCCAAAAUACAGUAAACACUUGAGUAAAUGAGGGAUACAAAGUGUAUUGAAAGCAGGUGCUUCCAUACUGGUGUGGUUCCUGAGUUAAUUAAGUAAUUAACAUCCCAUCAUGCUUAGGGUCAUGUAUAAAAAUGCCCAGUGUUACCGAAUAUCACGGUAUGGCACAAGGUCGGUAUGAAGGUAUGACAAUCUGGAUACCGCCCAAGCAUACAAAACACCAAAUUAUGGAAUUUCUCAUGGAACAAUGAUGUCGCAUCAACUGUAAAAACCUGUUUUAAACUCCAGGCAAUCGUUUAAGACCCCUUCAACCCGUUACCCAUGUCCAUAAGUACAUAGCAACAAUGUUAAAUAAUCCUUACCAUAACUGGAUUGCCAGGAUGUAGGAGACAAAGAUGUCAUGUGUGUUGAUUCAACAUGUGUUUUGAAGUAAAGUAUUUUUAAACAUUAAAUCCUUGAGUCUAUUGACGCACCCGUGCGUCAAUCUACUGUAAGUGACAUAAUAAAAAAUCCCCAUCAAAAUCUGUCAAUUUAAAAUGGAUAUCUAUGGGCUGGGUCUCAAUCCACUGCAUCCGCCUAUGUCUGCCUUCCGCAUCUGCGGUGGAAGGUGGCCGAGCUACAGUGGUGUUUGUCAGACCAUGAGACAUCCCAUAAAGCGGUCUUCUCACGAAAACGUCUCAAGUCUCUGAAUGUUUUGGCCUACAAACUAAUAUGACCACUAUGGAAAGAUGGUGUUCUCCGUUUUGCUAUACGACCCCCACAAGCCCCACGGGACUCGUCUGAAGUCGGUAACGCUGAUGUGCUAACUUCUGUCUUCCGAACUGUUUGGCCUACAAACUACAGUGAACAAAAAUAUAAACGCAACAUGCAACAAUUUCAAAGAUUUUACUGAGUUACAGUUCAUAUUAAGAAAUCAGUCCAUUGAAAUGAAUUCAUUAGGCCCUAAUCUAUGGAUUUCACUUGACUGGGAAUACAGAUAUGCAUCUGUUGGUCACAGAUCCUUAAAAUAAAAGCUAGGUGCGUGGAUCAGAAAACCAGUCAGUAUCUGGUGUGACCAGGAUUUGCCUCUGCAGUGCGAGACAUCUCCUUUGCAUAGAGUUGAUCCGGCUGUUAAUUGUGGAAUGUUGUCCCACUCCUCUUCAGUGGCAGGCAAAGUUUCUGGAUAUUGGCAGGAACUGGAACAUGGCAUUGAUCCAGAGCAUCCCAAACAUGCUCAAUGGGUGACAUGUCUGGUGAGUAUGCAAGCCAUGGAAGAACUGGGACAUUUUCAGCUUCCAGGAAUUGUGUACAGAUCCUUGCGACAUGGGGCUGUGCAUUAUCAUGCUGAAACAUGAGGUGAUGGUGGCGGAUGAAUGGCAUGACAAUGGGCCUCAAGAUCUCGUCACGGUAUCUCUGUGCAUUCAAAUUGCCAUCGAUAAAAUACAAUUGUGUUCGUUGUCCAUAGCAUAUGCCUGCCUAUACCAUAACCCCGCUACCACCAUGGGGCACUCCGUUCACAACGUUGACAUCAUGUGAAGGACAUUUUAUUUUGUGCAUCUUGGCAUUGGUGUCAUAAACAAUCCUUGGUUCCAGCCUGUGCCUGGUAAAGAUAUGGGGGGGGCGUCAUGACCUCCUCCUUUUGACUAUUUGGCAGAACGCCCAGAAUAUGUUAAGUUAAGAUAAGAGACGGUGCCAGACACAUGCCGGGACCAACCCUAUGAACUAUGCCUAUGUAACAUGUCUGUAACCAGUAUAUAAGGGAACUAAAUGGGAUGGCCCCGUGGGAGCUCCUGACAGACGUUCACUAUGGUGCAUCAAGUUUGUUGGAACCUCUCCAGCGCGCUGACAAUAAAUAAUUAUUAAUUUAAGAUUGUCAAAUUUCCACGACACCAUACACGCCAUCUGCCCGGUACAGUUGAAACUGGGACUCAUCCGUGAAGAGCACACUCAUCCAGCGUACCAGUGGCCAUCGAAGGUGAGCAUUUGCCCACUGAAGUCUGGUUACAACGCCGAACUGCAGUCAGGUCUAGACUCUGGUGAGGAUGAAGAGCACGCAGAUAAGCUUCCCUGAGACGGUUUCUAACAGUUUGUGCAGAAAUUCUUUAGUUGUGCAAACCCACAGUUUCAUCAGCUGUCCGGGGAGCUGGUCUCAGACAAUCCCGCAGGUGAAGAAGCUGGAUGUGGAGGUCCUGGGUGGUUACACUUGGUCUGCGGUUGUGAGGCCUGUUGGACGUACUGCAAAAUUCUCUAAAACAAUGUUGGAGGCGGCUUAUGGUAGAGAAAUGAACAUUACAUUCUCUAGCAACAGCUCUGGUGGUCAUUCCUGCAGUCAGCACGCCAAUUGCACGCUCCCUCAAACCUUGAGACAUCUGUGGCAUUGUGUUGUGACACAACUGCACAUUUUAGAGUGGCCUUUUAUUGUCCCCAGCACAAGGUGCACCUGUGUAAUGAUGCUGUUUAAUCAGCUUCUUGAUAUGCCACACCUGUCAGGUGGAUAGAUUAUCUUGGCAAAGGAGAAAUGCUCACUAACAGGGAUGUAAACACAUUUUAGAGAAAUAAGCUUUUUGUGCAUAUGGAACAUUUAAUAGGAUUUUUAUUUCAGCUCAUGAAACAUGGGACAAAUACUUUACAUGUUGCGUUUAUAUUUUUGUUCAGUCUAACAUGACAACUCUAUGGAAAGGGGAUAUUCUCACGAACACCAUGGUGUUCUCCUUUUUGCUCUACGACCCCCACAAGCGUCACGGGACUCGUCUGAAUGUCACCCAUAGAAAUGACGGAAUUAUGGAGGUAGUUUUGUGGCAACAAAAAUAAGGGGUUAAAUAUGUCAACUAAUUUAUUGAGAUUUCUUGUAUCUCCUAGAUAUAGGACAGACACUUCAAUUUUUGACUGUCUUUUUUGCUUUGUAAAUGUACACAAAAUAUAAAACGUUUACUCAGUACUUUGUUGAAGCACUUUGGCAGCGAUUACAGCCUUGAGUCUUCUUGGGUAUGACGCUACAAGCUUGGCACACCUGUAUUUGGGGAGUUUCUCCCAUUCUUCUCUGCAGAUCCUCUCAAGCUCUGUCAGGUUGGAUGGGGAGCGUCGCUGCACAGCUAUUUUCAGGUCUCUCCAGAGAUGUUCGAUUGGGUUCAAGUCCGGGCUCUGGCUGGGCCUUUCAAGGACAUUCAGAGACUUGUCCCGAAGCCACUCCUGCGUUGUCUUGACUGUGUGCUUAGGGCGUUGUCAUGUUGGAAGGUGAACCUUUGCCCCAGUCUGAGGUCCUGAGCGCUCUGGAGCAGGUUUUCAUCAAGGAGCUCUCUGUACUUUGCGCCGUUCAUCUUUCCCUCAAUCCUGACUAGUCUCCCAGUCCCUGCCGCUGAAAAAACAUUCCCAUAGCAUGAUGCUACCACCACCAUCCUUCACCGUAGGGAUGGUGGCAGGUUUCCUACAGACGUGACACUUGCCAAUCAGGCCAAAAAGUUCGCCAGACCAGAGAAUCUUGUUUCUCAUGGUCUGAGAGUCUUAAAGUCUUCAGGUGCCUUUUGGCAAACUCCAAGCGGGCUGUCAUGUGCCUUUUACUGAGGAGUGGCUUCCGUCUGGCCACUCUACCAUAAAGGCCUGAUUGGUGGAGUGCUGCAGAGAUGGUUGUCCUUCUGGAAGGUUCUCCCACUCCACAGACAGAGAAACUCUGGAGCUCUGUCAGAGUGACCAUCAGGUUCUUGGUCACCUCCCUGACCAAGGCCCUUCUCCCCCGAUUGCUCAGUUUGGCCGGGCGGCCAGCUUUAGAAAGAGUCUCGGUGGUUCCAAACUUCUUCCAUUUAAGAAUGAUGGAGGCCACUGUGACCUUCAAUGCUGCAGAUUUUUUUUUUGCCACCCUUCCCCAGAUCUUUGCCUCGACACAAUCCUGUCUCAGAGCUUGGGAUUUGCUCUGACAUGCAUUGUCAACUGUGGGACCUCAAAUAGACAGUUGUGUGCCUUUCCACAUGUCCAAUCAAUUGAAUUUACCACAGGUGGACUCCAUGUUGUAGAAACAUCAAGGAUGGUCAAUGGAAACAGGAUGCAGCUGAGCUCAAUUUCGAAUGUCUCAUAGCAAAGGGUCUGAAUACUUAUGUUAAUAAGGUAUUUCUGUUUUUUAUUUAUAGAUUUGCAAAAAUUACAAAAAAACUGUUUUCGCUUUGUCAUUAUCGGGUAUUGUGGAUUUUGUAUUUAUUUAAUACAUGUUAGAAUAAGGCCGUAACAUAACAAAAUGUCAAAAGUGAAGGGGUCUGAAUACUUUCAGAAUGCACUGUAUGUCCGACAUAGAAUUAAAUGAAACUCAACGUUGGGAUUCCAGGCAACCUGUAGCCAUAGUGCAGAAUAUUGCCUUUGUCUUAAACUCUGGGCACAACAUUACGCAAUCAAGAGACCUACCGUAGAGCUGAUCGAUAGAGAUUUUAUCAAUCAACCUUGAAUGGGUGAAAAAAUGUCAUUUUUAAUAAUAAUAAUAAUAAUAUGCCAUUUAGCAGACGCUUUUAUCCAAAGCGACUUAGUCAUGCGUGCAUACAUUUUUAUUUUUUUGUGUAUGGGUGGUCCCGGGGAUUGAACCCACUACCUUGGCGUUACAAGCGCCGUGCUCUACCAGCUGAGCUACUUGUUCAUGUACUGUAGUUGAAGGGUCUUUUCCAUAGACUGACUGGGGUACAGAUAAUGCUUCAAGGACAAUGAAAUUUAUGUUUAUAUAUGGUCUGUUGGUGUUUUACUUUUCUAUUAUUUCUCUGUUUUCUUUCUCUCUGCGUUGUUGGGAAGGGCCUGUAAGUAAGCAUUUCACUGUUAGUCCACACCAGUUGUUUACGAAGCAUGUGAUGAAUACAAUUUGAUUUGAGCCCUUUGUUUAACCUGCUCUACUGUAUGCCAAUACAUGCAUUUCUCUCCUGAUAGAUUACUGUGCCAGCAAGUUUGCUGCUAUUGGCUUUGCUGAGUCUGUGGCUCUGGAGCUGCUGGCUACAGGGAAGGAUGGAGUCAAGACUACUAUCGUGUGUCCACACUUCAUCAACACUGGCAUGUUCGAUGGCUGCAAUACUAAGUAAGUUAUCAGCCAUAAGAGGUCUUAUACAGGAUUACAUUUCCAAUUUGAAAGUUGUCAUUAAGUGCUUAUAAGAGGUUAUUAUCCUCCUUGCAUAUAUUUAAUAGAAUUUGUCAUGAAAAGUUUGAGAUGACCCUACUGAAGGGUAUUUAUUCAUCCAUGUAUAAAUGAUUUAAUAUGCAAUCCCUUUAAAAGCCAGCGCCAGUUCUGUUUUUAUGGGACGUGAAACUGAACAAGAGACAUUUCUUAAAUUAAGUUUGGUUUCAUGAAGCGUGAAAUGGAAGGCCCUGUCUCGGCAUUGACAGGGUGGAAUUGAUGAUUGCGUUUUGGCAGGAGUUACGAAAGUGCUGGGAGACUUCCUCUAUGAGCAGGUAUACAAUGUCACUAUCAACAACAAACAUGGAAGUACUUACUUUACACUAGACGAAAUGCUGCUUACUAUGGACUGGAUACCCUUGUGCUAACCUUUUUCCCCCACAGGUGGCCUCUGUUGCCUAUCCUGGAUCCAGACUACGUAGCAAAGAGGAUAACUGAAGCCAUUUUAACUGACCAGGUCUACCUUCUGCUCCCAAAGAGCAUGUAUCUUCUCUUGGGCAUGAAGAAGUGAGUAUCCCUUCAUGUUCUUACUGUUCUCUUCAUAAUGGGAAUAACAUGCUGGUUUUUUCUAUUUGCCUCACCCAUAGAGAUCUGCUGUACAGACACACACAAUCACACAUUCAGUCACUCCAUUCCAACACUCAGAAAUGGUUACAUGCUCAAACUGCACAGUAUAGUCAUACCCACUGGUGACAACCUCUACUAUUGCCCAGGUAGGGUGCCCUCAGUCUAGUUCUCUAGCCUCCCUCCCUUCUUAAGUAGUUUAGCUUCAAGUCUUUCAAUUGACAUAGUCCAUAUCUUCCCUAGAUGUCCCUUUUGCUUUUGCAGCUGGUUUUGACUGUUCCUGACCCAAGCUAGCCUGUUAGUAGGUUUUCCUCAGACAGGCCAGGGAUAGCCAAACAGACUAGUGAGGUGUCCUAAAGUGGUCAGAUUACAGUAGACUAUGUAUGGGAGGGACUUAAGGAUAGACCAAAUGGUCACAGGCCAUAGGUGGCUGGAGCAAGGUCAAUAGGUUAAGGUGACCAGACGUCCCUGAUUUUCGGGGACAGUUCCCCGUCUUCGGCUAGAGCUGUCACUUGAAAUGUCCCAAUUACUUUCUCUCAUUAUUCACAUUUAAUGUGGAAGUGUUUAGAAACAUGUUCUAUUCUUAAUUACAUAUUGACACAAUACAUUAUUUACCAUUCAUUUCUAUUGGGCACAAAAUUAUCUGAAAGCAACCAAAACAAACAGCAAAUGCAUCCGACAAGUUUGUCACAAGCUUGAUGUAGACAUUGCGUGCUAGGAAUAUGGGACCAAAUAAUAAACUUGAAUACUUUAAUACACAAGUAAAUUUGUCCAAAUACUUUUGGUUCCCUAAAAUGGGGGGACUAUGUACAAAAGGUGGUGUAAUUCCUAAAAGGUUCACCCGAUAUGGAUGAAAAUACCCUCAAAUGAAAGCUGACAGUCUGCACUUUAACCCCAUGGUCAUUGUAUCAUUUAAAAAGUGCUGGAGUACAGAGCCAAAACAAUAAACCUUGUCACCUUCCAAUAACUUUUGGACCUCACUGUAAAUCGUCCCUUAAUGGUGCUUGUGUCAUAGAUAGAGAGAGGAGAGACACAGAUGGUUUUUCACUGGACACAGUUCAACUGAGUGGCGUCUCAGACAGGAUAGGAUUUACUGUAGUAAAUACAGUAAUUGAAGAGGGAGGAUAGGAAGACUAACAUUUUUAAACAUAUCUGGUUUAGUGACUAACCAAACCACCCCACGCUUUAAGACAAUAGUCAAAGCAUCUUCAUACCGUUGGUGUAUGUGGACCCAAGCUUUUGAGCUGGGUUGCCAAGCAACAGAGCUUUAGUAUUUUGUCUAUGGACAAAUGCAUAGCCAGGCUAAACUGCGAGCACUUAUGAAGUGUGCUACUUCACUCCAUCAGGCAGGCUCAAUCAGUUAUAUAUAUAUAUAGUUAAGAUAAACUUACGUUUUACAUAAAUGUUAUGUUUUUUCAGUAGAAGAAGGAAUGCUACAUUCAAGUACAUGUGGUUUCUUCAGAAAUUGUGAGAGACACUGUGGUUAUUUGGGAGCACAUAUUAAUGAUCACAGGUUCUAGUUGAAAAAAUCACUUCUGAUCCACUAUAGAUAGUUAUUUCUCCAAAAUAGUUAUAAUGCACAAAGGGUGAAGUGAGUGUUCCAUAAAAGCGGCUGACCUCCCAUCACCGUGUCCUUGUAGUUCCUUGAGGUGGAAGCAGACGGCUCUCCUGGGGAAGUACCUGGGUGCCUUCGAGAACCCAGAGCACUGUGAGACAACAUGCCUUAAGCUGCACUGA